AAACCUUUCUCCCUUUGAGGGGUGGGGGAAAAGGGAGCAAUUGCUGGAUGGGUUCCCCCCGCCGAAAUGGCUUCUUGGGAGCUAGGGAUGCGGGUGUCAGGGCGAGGAGACAAAAACUGAGGCUCAGGGGAAGUUAAGGAAGAAACCGACACUGGCGCCGUGAGGGGAGGCGAAACGCGGUUGAGGCGCACCCAAACUCUUUCGUAUUUUAAAAACUGCUUUUCCUCCUGCGCCCUCUCCCACCCAUUGUAAGCGGCCCAUGUUUUAAUACCCGGUAAAGAUACAUAUUUGGGUGAGUGGGGUUUAGGAAAAAUGACUUGCUUCCUGCAGUGAGGAAUCUCAAAACCUUGGGAAGUAUACACGAAAUCCUGAAAAUGGCCGUUGGAAGCCAGCUUCUAACAGCACACUGAAAAAUAUGAUGCAUCUGUGGCAUCCAUGAACUAGGCGCUUGAGGGAGGCGAGGGGAAUUACGUGGGAAUUUGAUGCAUUGCUUCUUCUCACCCCGUAGGAAGCUGCCAUAUACUGAGCGGCACCAUCGGUCUAUCCUGCUCAGUAUUGCCCACACUGACUGGCAGCGGCUGCCCAGGGUUUCAGUCACGAGUUUUUCCCAACUUGGGACCUGCUGCAUGCGAGGCAAAAUGCUGCGCCGUUAGCGCUUAACACCCUAAUAAUUAUUUAUAGGUAGCUAUGAGUUGCCAAAUGCUCGAAGUGGCGCUUUAAAUGUAUGGAGCGUUUAAGUAGCCGUGAUUCUACAGUGCUGCUUCUUCGAGAGUGAGAGAGACGUUAUCCGGUGCUUGAGUUCUCGAGGCACCGUUACUUUUCGCCCUUCGCAGAAAGGAGCAAGUCCGAGCAGGGUCCUGCCCGGGCGAACGCAACUAUAUUGAGACGCCUCUUUCUCCAAUCGACGUCCAGCUCAGGAUCCACCCACCUCCGGCCGCCCCUUCCCAAGGAUAUAAAACGCGCGAGCGCUUUGCACCGUUCUCUGUGCCUCUUUCCUGGGGCGUGCUGCGUUUGUUUGUCUCGGCGGCAGAGGAGGGAAAGUGCAGUUCCCGACAGGAUCGACAGGACGGCAGAUCAUGGCACCUAUUGGAGGGACCCCGAAAAACAAGAAGGUAAAGCCGCCGGCUGCUUGGGGCUCUUGCUUGCUUGAUUUUGCUGGGAAGAGAAGCCCCGAGGUGUAAUAGAGCCGUCAAGCUUAGAGACCUUUCUCUGUCUUCGGAGUGUUCGGGCAAGAGGUGGUCGAUUAUCUCCUGCAAGGCGUCAUCGAGAAAAAGAACAACGGUGUUUUAAUAGAAAAGUUGUGAGCGAGAGAGAGGGGUCGUUUGGGGCUUUGCUAAUAGGCAGACCCUGGGGGCUUCAAGAGGGUCAAAGGUGAAAGUCCGCUCCACGAGUUGAGGUAUAGAAAUAGACACCUCGGUCUACACCCACAGGGGGGCAAUUUGAUUUUUAAGGUGGGCAGUUCGAGAAUGAAUUAUUAAUAGUGAAUGGCCCUUUAGGCUUCCUCCACGUGAACAGGAGUUCACUUUUCAAAUAAUAAGAAUUAUAUAUGGGGGGGGGCAUCAGGAUUUUAGAGAUGCUUAGGUGGGUCAUGGGCGAAAAAAGGUUGGGAACCACUGGUCUACACCCUUAACUAUCUCAGCUGCCCUAGACGCUGUGAAGUGUAAGCCAGGGGACGUAUUGAAGCCAGGGGCACCUGGUUCUGACAAUUUUUUUAUAUCCCAAGACUUUUCAUUUAUUUUGUGUAUAAAUCUGAUUAUUCACAUUGCUAUGGAAAUGUUCAGUAUGAUAGCAAAGUGUGUUUUCUGCAUUUGGAACAACUGAAUGUGAUACUGAUUUAGAUAGAUACACUUUUUCCAUGCUUUGGCCAGGAUUCUGCAUAAAAAUGUAAUCAGUCAGAAUUGUUGGGUCACUUCCUAUUCCAUGAAUAUGCAAAUUUGCAGUCCCGCAGAUGUGAAUCUUCAUUGUCAUUAGAAAGCUUCACUAGAAGACUCAUUGUUAAUUGCUUUCAUAAACGUUACUCCGUGUGAUUUCAAAGGAAUUCAUCUAAAUAUUUGUUGCUUGAUCGUGUAUAUGACUAAAACCUAAUAGGAGAGGUAAAGAGACUUGAUAUAAAAACCAAUAUAGGGCACAAAUAGGUUCAAGUCUACCUGGUCGCCUAAGAGGUGUUAGUAUGAUAUACUAUAAAUGCUGUCAGUGGUAAGAAUCACCUCCAGACUAGGUAUUUUACAGAAUGCAAGUAUUGUUUUUCCUUUUAGGCCCAUAAUAACUACCAGAUAUGUUUCUAUAUGUUCAAAGGAGUAAACUAUUUUGUACAAAUAAUUUUUUAUAAAAAUAUAUAUACGAAUUUGCUGUAAUGAAGAGGAUUUCCAAGAAGUGCAUUGGUGAUAAUGAAGUGCUAUGAAGGGUGAAGAUUGUGUUCCUUUGACCUAUCAGGGUCUCAAUAGUCCUCUUAAAUCAGGAAUGGGUAAUUUCCAUCCUGGAAGCUGAAUGUGACCCUCUACAUAUUUCCUGUAGUUUUUGUCGUGCAGAUUCAAAGUAGCUAGUCCAUUACAAGUUAAAAAAUUGUGCUCUGUGAAUCCAGCACACAACUGGUGAAUUUAGUGGCUGUUGUAACAGUCUUGCAUUUAAAGAAUAAAUGCAAUGACGCAAAAUGAUUUUGUGUGAGUUUCAGAGGGUUGAGUAAUAAACUUGGCAUAGGCCUCCUGGCAAGCAUUCUCUUAUCAGUGGGAAUGAUAUAAAACUAGCACACAAAGAGAGAUUUAAGACAGAUGUGUUGGCAUGGUUGAUGGUAGCUGCUUUCUACAUGGCAAUCCACCAGUGGAAUCUUACAAAGUUUCUUCAGAAAAUAUCAGCUCUCAUCUGUGGCUCCUAGAAGCUGUCAGUAUGCGACAGCUUCAGGAACAGCUUCAACUGGCAAGCUAAACCAGAUGAGGGUAGCCGAUGAGUCUCAAACCCUUGGCAAGUUAGGGACUUCCCUUACACACAAAGACAGACUGCGGCGGAUUGAGUGGACAAGAUCAAUAGUGGGUCCAACGGUCAAGAAGGCAGCUUCUGCAUAUCCUGUAGAGGGAAAUUAGGGGCAUAUGGGGCUCAUCAACUUGGGAAAGUAGCCCAUCUACUUUCAGAAAAUGAAAACUCUGAUCCUAAACCUCCGCUGCCUUGUGUGAUAUCUUGUGGAGAAGAUAACGCUAAGGAGUAAACCCUACACAAAUCCAUUAUGGAGUCUUAAGAUGAGUGGAUGGUGCCUUGUAUGCCUCCUUCUGGCAACUCCUGCUGCCCUGUUGGAAUCAGACAUAUUGCUCUGCUUUCCUUUGGACCACACCAACAAGUGGGGUCUUGUCUAGACAUCCCAGGACCUCCAUACACACUGCCCAGGCUUGCACCCCAGGAAGAUCACUUAAGUGCAGCAGCUUAACUUUAUAUGUUGUAUGAAAUGUUAAUGCCUUUUAUGAUUUUUUCUCCUCCCCAUGAUAUAAUGUAUUUAUGUAUAUGUUUUCAGAUAUAAGUUGCUUGCAGACCUUUUAUCUGAACGUUCUAAAAUAUUAUAUGAACACUAUGUAGUAGUUGUUGUUGUUCUUCUAGGGUAUUCUUGAACGUCUAGAUGCUGGAGAAAUUGUGAUUGGUGAUGGAGGAUUUGUCAUUGCUCUCGAAAAGAGGGGAUAUGUAAAAGCUGGGCCUUGGACUCCAGAAGCUGCUCUAGAACACCCAGAAGCAGGUUAGUUUAAUCUGCAAUGUAUACAGUAUGAAUUGUGUAAAGUUCCCAGUUGUAGAAUACACAUUGACCCCUAUGCUUGAUAAAGUUAGUCAUGAUAAAAGCUGUGAUCCUAAACAAACUUACUAGAGAGUAAACAUCAUUAAAUACAAUGAGUAAGGCUGUAGAGGAUUGUGCUUUAUGCUCCUUGAAAUCAGUGGAAUAAGUCGGGUGCAAUUAGUUCAUAUCCCAUUUCAUUCAAUGGACUUAAUCAUAGUCCACUUUAGCUAAAUAGGAGCUGUUGGGCACAACACACAGGCCAAUGAAAAUUGAUUCUAUUCAACAAAUUUUAAUGGGCUCUUUAAUGGGCACAUUUUCUGAUUUAUACCUGAUUUUGUAUUUUAUGACACUUUGAACUGGUUAUUACAGAAAUAUUGCUUUAACAUUAUAUCAGUAAAAUUUAAUCUUUAAAAAAAUAUUUUUGCAGUUUCGGGACUGCCUUAAAAUAAGGAUUUACAGUAUACUGUUUGUUAUCCUGUGUCUGAAGGCAUCUAUAGGUCUUUGAAGAUAGGGUCCUGGAUUUACAAAGACAAGGGGAUGCAAGCAAAUACUGUGAUAAUCACAAAAAAGCCAUAUUAAUGUAAUCAGUGGUCUUUUGGUUAUCCUCUGCUUCUAUAGUAGCAGACAAUGUGGUGGGACGGCACUGCUCACCUGACCUGUGGUCAUUGCAUUGUCGAUAUUUACCAGGAGGGAGAUGGUGGCUAUGGUGCAAAUGCACUAAUGGGAGUAUUGGAUUGGCUCUGCCUCUGCGUUUGCAACAUGCAGGCUUUGCCAGCACUUCACCCCUCUGCCUCCUGGUAAGCAGCAGUGAUGCAACUAACAGGAGGUCAGGUGAACAGUAGUAAUCCACCACAUUGUUUGUAUCUGAUGGUGUUGAAUACUAGGUGUUCUGGUACCAUUUUCAGUAGUAGCUUUAUGUUCAAAAUCAUUUGGCAAAACCUGUACCUCUUCAAACACAAAACUGUCCCUGCCACAGUAUGGGGAGAGUGAAAUUAAGCCUGAUGCUGCUACUUCUGUCCACCACUACAAUUUUCCAUGUAUCACUCCAGCUCCUUUAAAGUAAGGCAAGAUUUUAAAAAUGCAACAAACAACUAUUUCACAACUGGGGUGUAUUGCGAAAGUCCAUACCAGUCAGGCAAACAGUGUUCUAAGUGUGAAAUAGAUGUGACCUUAAAUCAUUCUUAAAUUACAUUUGUAUGGGUCAAAAUGGGGGGGUGAGAGGGGUGACAGAGAGUGUCAGAUGUGAACUUGAAACUGGAUAGGAAACCAAACAGUCUUGAAGUGAAGAAACAGAGCCUGUUUUUUCUUGCCUUUGGUUAGAGUGCGGAUGGUGCCAGCUAUUGCACAGUAACUGCUGUGGGGUUUGAGACAGCUAUUCUGGCAUCAUAAUUAUAAACACAUUUGCUUGUCCUUUUUAUUGUGGCAGAAAAUGCUUCCUAAAUGAGGUAACGAGUAGAAGUAAUUAGUGGCCUACCUGUGCACAUUAAGUAUCCUGCACUGCAGGGAUACCAGCAUGGUUACAGGUGUUGCUGGAUACAACUUCUAUCAUCCUUGACCUUUGGUCAUGCUGACUACGGCCAAUUGAGGUUGGGAUCCAGUAACAUCUGGAGGACACUGCAUUGGCUGUCUGUGUUCUACUGUCUCUAUAAAUUCAUUGUAGUUGUGGGUGGCACAUUUCCCAUUUAAAAUCUACUUCUGAUACACUGCCUGUUAAAAAUGCUAUUGCAUAUUGCACCAGUAGACUAAGGAAAAAUAGCUUAAUUGGCUAUAGACAAUAUCCAGUAGUGAACAGACUUCUAGCCAUUCAACAGGACUUCCCCUUCCUCUCCUCCUCAUGCAGCUCCUUGCAUGCCUACUAAAACUGCUGUGUAGGGUUUUGGACCCUCUGCAGGUGAUCUACUUGUAGAUCGCGGGGUGUUUGGGCCCUCAGUGAUCUCCCCCGCACCCAGAAGGGGGGAAAACCUGUGGCUUCCUAAAAAAAGUUCAACAACUUUGCCUUUCCCAAAAAAGCUCAAUAACUUUGAGUAGAUCGCAGUCAUUUGGGAGUUGGAUGUCCCUGAGAGUCUAGAGCAAUUUGGGGGAGGAGUGCAGGAGGCUGCAGAGGGAAAGAGAAGAAGGGGAAAUCUGCUUGGAUAACACUGGCUAUUGCUCUAAGGAAAGGAAAGAAUGUGCCUUUCUUUUGCAACUUCAGAUCUACCUGGAAGUCUUUCAUCAGCUAUUAUCAUAUGAAUCCUAUUUAUUUAUACUUCUACUCAAGUCAGCAUUGUUCUUAUUUUACAGGCAGGAGAAAGAUGAUGAGAGAGAGAGUGAUUUUGCUUUCCCAAGAUAUCUCUACAAUAGAGAUGAACCUUAAACCUCCCUGGUUCAAAUCCAAUUUUGUCCAACUGUCAGAUCUACAAGUGAAAUGGUUUAACAGUCUCAGAUGCCUUUUGCAUUAAUCAUGUACCAAUUGCAAGUUGGGAAAUUAAUGUGCAGACUUUUUAAUUGAUUAAAUACGCAUACCCUUUAGUAAUAAAUCAAUGGGAGUGUUUCUUUUUAACAGUAUAACAACUCAGUUAAAAAUGAAGCGAAUCACGGACUUCCGGGUCAGUGCCAUCGCUAAUGGCGGAUUCCCUCUGAUUCUCAGAGGGACCAGCUCCGCGGGAUCGGGUCUUACGGCUGCAGCAAAGUGGGGACCCUUUAAAAAUCACAGGCGGGGGAAGCCUGUGAACGUGGGGACUCGGCGGGCACCAUUUGCGCCCCCCCCAAGUUGCGAAGGGACCCUUUUAAGGGCUCCGGAGCGGGACGGGGUGAGCGGCGCGGUGCUGAGAGUCGACUGCUUCUUCCGCGGAGUGAAGCCACACAGCCGUUAUCGGAGAGCGCUGACGUUUUCCUGGGAUAAUUGGAUUUCGAAAGCAACUACCUGUGAGUAGGAUUAAAUUGGAUUUAAAAGGAGAAAAAACAGCUAAUUCGGCACCGAAGCGGGAAGGUAUAACCAGGAAGUCUGCCUUCCUUUCUUGUAAAUAGUUCAAAGCAAAGAGACUGUAAAGCGGAAACAUAGAGAGACGUUCGGAAAAAAGACUUAAAUCUUAACAUCUGGAAAGUGGUCUCCCCUCUGGAUUGCAGGAGAGGAGGGGGGAAGGUUUGAGUUGUAUUUACCUGCAAAGAAAAGGGGGAAAGGAAGCUAAAAUCUGCUGCUUAAAACCUGGGAACGGACUGCCCCUAGACAAGGAAUGCCGUUCAGUGGAAAGCCUAUCGGUAAGCAGAGGAUUUUUGACAGCUAACUCUGCAGAAGAGAUAUAGUGUUUCUGGACUUCUCCUGGCUUUAAAGUAACUGUUCAAGUGCAUUGAAACUGUUGUUUUUAAGUGAAUUGGGGGACUUAUAAAGACCAUCUUUGUUCUUAAAAGUUGCAAGCUUUGGCUGUUACUGUGUCCCCCUAGAGGAGGCUGGACAUUGUUACAAUAACAACUGGGUUAGAGGAAAAUUCCAUUCCAAAACAAACUUUCAACUGUGGGAACGACCUUGAAUUCUCAUGAGAGUGUUAUGGCAGAUGGGAAAGGAAAGAUAGAGCUGGCGCAGGAAAAAACUACUAGGUCUGGCAGACACUAUCGGACAGAUACUGUGCAGCAGCGAAGGGCUUCAACAUCUGGAGCAUCUGGAACAUCAGGGGCUGCACACCCACAGGUCAAACCAAAAGUUAUGUCGUCCGAAGACAUUUUGGCACAUGCACUUGGAAAAAUUAAUGAAUCUUUGGAAAAUUUAGCUAAGCAGGUAGCUGAGACUAAUAAACAAGUAGCUGAAGCAUCAGGUAAAAUUGAUCUGAAUACUACAAGUAUUAAUAAUUUGGGACAGAAGGUGAACACCAAUACAGAGUCUAUCGAAAAAUUAUUACAGGAAUCUGCUUCGACCCGAAAGAUAGCUGAAGAAGCAAAAGAUAUUGCAACUGCUAUUCAAGAGAAGAUACCACCAGUAUAUAAGAAAUUGGAGGACCACGAUUUGACAUUGUCUAUGAUUGAAUUGAAAGAGAGACAAAGAAAUUUAAGAAUCAGGGCUGUACCAGAACGGGAGAAAGAUAACCUGGCUGACUUUCUUACACAGGAAUUUAUAGAAUUUUGGCAACAGGACUUGGGGAAGGAAGAAUUCAAGAUAGUGAAUGCAUUUAGACCUGGAAGAGGACAAAGCAGGAACAAGGUGAGGGACUGCUUGAUUACCCUUCGAACAAAAGAAGAGAGAGACAAAAUUUUGAAUUUGCACUAUCAAAAGACUUUGGAAAUUUACGACUCAAGUGUGGUGAUAUUUAAGGACAUUCCAAAACAUCUUUUGGACUUAAGGUUUAACUACGGAGACCUAGUUGCCCUGUUGAAAAGAAAUAGAAUUCUUUUCAGGUGGGAAUUUCCUCAAGGCCUAUCCUUUAAAUACAAAGGAAGAAAGAUAAAAAUAAGAUCAGUCAAUGAUAAGGACAGGUUCUUGAAAGAUCACGAAGAAGACCUACAGAAAGAAGUGGAAUCUGGAGAAGAGCCAAAAGGCAUACUAGACAUAGCAAACUUAUCUUUUGGAUUGCACGGCCCAGAGAAAGAGACACCACCUACAGAACAAGAACAGACACUUGGUGCAGUUGGAGGUAAAGUGAAGUAACCCCAUCAUGGCUCUGCAACUGUUAAGCUGGAAUUGUAAUGGUUUGAACUCCCCUCGAAAGAGAAAAAGUGUUUUUCAUCUACUAAAAAAGGAACAAUUGGACUUGAUUUGUUUACAAGAAACACAUAUAACAAGGCUACACAGGAAACUACUGAUUAAUAAAAGAUUGGGACAGGAGUUUAUCUCAUCUGACAAAGUUAAAAAAAAGAGGAGUUGUGAUAUAUGCAAAGGAGAGACUAUCACCGAAAUUAAUUUUUAAAGAUGACCAAGGAAGAUUCUUGGCAAUUGAAAUUCAAGUUCAAGGAGAGAAAUUCUUGAUAGUAGGAAUUUAUGCACCGAAUGAGGGGAAAUCUGAAUUCUUUAAAAAGUUGCACGAGACCUUACUGGACUAUUUGGAUUACAAUUUGAUUUUGAUGGGGGACAUGAAUGGAGUAGUAUCUACAAAUAUGGAUAAGGCACAAAGACAGGAUGGUAGACUACCGAAAACAUUUUUUGAGAUGACAGACAAUAUAGACUUAGUGGAUAUUUGGAGAGUAAAGAACCCCUUGGGAAGAGAGGGAACCUUCUUUUCUGAAGCCAAGAUGACAUGGGCUAGAAUUGACCAAAUAUGGAUAACUAGAGGAAUGGCACCAAAGAUAAAGAAAGUAGAAAAAUGGUAAGGAUUUGCUGAACCAAUAAAUUGAAGUGGAAUACAAAAAAGGGAGGUACGAGGAGGUCCGGGAAACAAGCUAAAGGAAAAUAAGUAACUGAAAAUAUGUGUGUCUUUAACUGUUUUUAUUUUGUAUUUUUCUCUUUUUUUCAUUUUUAUUGUAAUAUUUCAAAAAACCUUAAUAAAUAUCUUAUUAAAAAAAAAAAUGAAGCGAAUCACUAUGUGUAGGUCAUAAAAUGGAACAUGAUAAGGCAAUACCAUGUAAAAGGAGCUGCUGCCACAAUAUUAACAUCAUAUUUGACUCUCCGUUUUGUUUAAACAUUUUGCAGUUCGUCAGCUGCAUCGAGAAUUCCUCAGGGCUGGAUCAAAUGUUUUACAGACAUUCACCUUUUAUGCCAGUGAUGACAAAUUAGAAAACAGGGGGAACUAUGUAGCUGAUAAACAUUCUGUGAGUAGUUUCAACAGCUUUUUAUCUUUAUUGACAAGUAGAGUUACAUGAUCUCAAUGCAGAAACAUGGGUCAUCUUUGCAAGACAUAACUCAUUAAUUCAAAGAUGUAGAUUUAAAAAUUCAAAUAGAAAUAAAAUGUAUGAAGAUUUAGUAUACUGAAAUGGCAAGACAGAGAUGCUGCCUGGAUUACCUUCAAAAAAAAACAGGGACAACCGCCUGUCAGAUGAAAGAAGCAAGCUAGUUACUCUUACUGUAGUUAUUUCUCACAAAGCACUUUCAAGUUGUUUAAUACUGUGGAAAACAGGAGCUGACAAGGGCUAAAUUUAUCAAUUAAUUGUGACAAAGAAAAGUUUGUAUACCCAUAUACAGAAGUAACUCCUUAUAGUGUGAAAUAAUAUUAUGUGCAAGACAUGAAUAGCCAAGAAGAAUGUUUCUGUUUGAUUUUUCAGUAAAACCUAGUUACUAUUUUUUAAUCUAGAAACUAAAGUUGGAGGCCAGUUUGUCCUUUGCUCCUCCUUAGAGAUAUCGUAACACUGUGGUUACCUUUCAGGCUUGAAAAUAUUCCCUCCCCCUAAUAUUUUCCUCAGGUGCUUUUAAAUCUCUCACUUGAGAACAUGUCAGCAAUGUCAGGACAGAACCAGAAAAGAGAUACAGACACUUUUGUCAACACUGAGAGGCACUCUCCACUUCAAUCUUUUAAGAAUCAUCUGCCUAUUUUUAGGUAGUUGGUUAGGAUCACAUAUGUCCUCACUCUAAAUUACCUUUGCUUGCCAGGAGUGACAGAAUAAAUGACAUUUGCUGCAUGAUUCCUGACUGUCUGGGUGGGACUACUGAUGAAGACCUAGUUAGUUGUUGUUGGUUGUUUAGUUGCUUUUGCCAAAACAGAAGCAGGCUGGCUCAAUGGCAGCAAAGAGAGGCGAACUAUAUUUAUGUUGUGAUUAGAAGGAGUUAUUUUCAGGAAAUAUUUUUGGGACCUCUGAAGAUACUUUUUUGGACCCAAAAACGAAGCAGGCAAACAUUUACACUGUCCUCUAAUAAAAACCACCCCCUAUGAAACUGUACUGUGAUGAUUGGUAAAAUGUGAGACUUCUUAGCUGGACAACAAAUGUAACGUGUAUUCAUUUUUCCUACAAUAAAAGUGUAGGUAUGUGUAUGGUGUAAGUCCAUACUAAUGCUAUUUCUGUAUUAUCAGGGCAAGAAAGUAAAUGAAGCAGCCUGUGAUAUUGCAAAAGAAGUGGCUCAAGAAGGCGAUGCUUUGGUGGCUGGAGGCGUCAGCCAAACCCCUUCAUACUUAAGUAGCAAGAGUGAAGCUGAAGUUAAAUCAAUCUUUCGAAAGCAGCUAGAGGUUUUUACUAAAAAGAAUGUGGACUUCUUAAUUGCAGAGGUAAAUGCAACCAUUAAGGAAACAGUAAGUGGUGAUAAUGGGGGAAACGGCUUUUGUGAUAGGUUCAUAUCCAGAGUUUGUGUGAAUUGAAAAACUGCUUGCACAAUGGGGCUCUGCAGAUUUGCAACCCACCUACCCCCAAAGAGUGACCAAGGCAUGCCAAAACCGGGCCUAAACCCCUAUUGAAAUGGAUAUAGAAAAUCUGUUUCAUCCAAGAGUGCCAGAGUUGGGGGUGGGGCACCCCCUCAGAAAUUUGUACCCAGGGCCAUGUGCCCCUCAGCCCCCCCCUCCAAUGCUGGAAGGUGUGGGAUAACAAUGUCUUGGGCCUAGCCUCUGCACAAACAAAUCAGAAUGAAUGCUCAAUAAACUGAUAUCAUAUAGCCUCCACAUAAAUUUUACAUGAACAAAUCAGGAUAGAUGCUCAGUGAGUAGGUUGGUAGAACCCUUAAACAGAUACCCUGAGGUACAAAUGAGUUUAGUAUAUGAUGAAAGAUACUCAGCAAAUGCAAUUUUUGGAGGGAAAGUUUUGAAUAUUUAGAAAAUAACAGGAAUCCUCAUUUCCCUCUCCACUGGGCUGGGAAGAGGAAGCACUGGCUUCAGCAAAGGUGUCUCCCAACUGAAGGUGAGUGGCCCACUGGUGGUAUUCUUCUUGCCAUUGGAGGGCAGCAGAAAGCCUUGAAAUAUGGAGCAUUCCAAAGGUGGGGAGGGAGCAGAGCUAGGCUUAGGCCCCUUGUGGAGUCGAUCAAUGUGCCAGUCUGGAGCUCCAGCAGUGAUCAAGGCUAAUCGUAGUCCACCUCCGUUUCAUCACAGCCACCAUGCAUAGAUAUGGGGCAGAUGCAACGAUGGCUCUGACCCUCCACAAAGCCCUUUUGUCAGGGGGUGGGUUUUUGCAUCGUAUCCCAAUUUUUUUAAAAAGUACUUUUUCUUUUAGUCUUUUGUUUGUUUCUGUCACAUUUUCACACCAAAGGUAGUAUUAUGCUCUGAACUCUCUCUUCUCUCUCUUCUCUCUCUCUCUCUUACUUACUCCUUUCAUCUCUUUUUAGUAUUUUGAACAUGUGGAAGAAGCUGUGUGGGCAGUUGAAACCUUAAAAGAAGCUGGGGUUCCAGUUGCAGCAACUCUUUGUAUUGGUCCAGAAGGAGAUAUGCAUGGCAUAUUACCUGGAGAAUGUGCUGUCAAACUUGUAAAUGCUGGUAAGAUUCUAUAUUUGACGUAUCCAUCGUGAUACAAGUUAAAAUAUUAGCGAUAUGGAAUGAGAUGAAAGAAGCUCAGCAAAAGUAGGUGCAUGUUUGAGUAGGAAAAUAUUGGACAAGGUGAAAGAGAAGGCCUGUUGGCUCAUGGUGGACCCAGCUUGUGGGGGGGGGGGCAUUGCCUCAUUCUCCCUAAUGGACCAAUUACUCAAAUAGUUCUACUUUUUAUUUUAAAAUUUCGAAUCUGCUUUAUUAAGGCUCAAAGUAAAAAUGGCAUUUUAACAAGUGCUUUGCAAAUGACCCUGUUGCCCACUUUAGCUGUUGCAGCACAGAAAAACAGGCACGUGGCCCCAUCCACAGGCAAGUGGGGAACAGCUAUCAAUCUCUUGAUUCUGCCUGAAAAGGUGCACGAGAUGCAAAUCCCGGCACAAAUACUUGAAGCUUGUACCCCACACCCAUACUUGGUUGCUUUACAAUACCGACAAUUCCACACUUAAAUUAGGUGGCUAAAACGAAUAAGCUUUGGAUGGGAGGAACCAGGAAUGGGUUUUUUGUGUGAAAGGACUGUGAGCAAAAAAAACAAAAACACACACAACCAAAUUUCUGGACUGGGAGGUAUCACUAAGAGGUACAUCCUGCCCUUUAAUUCUAAGUAUACAUUUACCUCCCUUUCUAAGGUAGUAUUUUGCAUGUGAUUCCAACCUGAUAAUUGCCACCUGCCCCAGAUUUUAACUUGUCAGAAUUAAUUUUAAGAUGUAUUUUAAUUAAUUGAUGUCUGUUUUUAUGCAUAUUGUGUUGUUUUUAUGAUGUUAGCUGCUUUGAGCCCGGCCUCAGCCGGGGAGAAUGGAAUACAAACUUAUUUAUUUAUUUAUUUAUUUAUUUAUUUAGUGAUGCCAGCUUGUGCUCUUUGGGUUUGUGGGUGGGAACUUAGCAAAUCCCUCAAGCUUGAAGUCUGCCCACCCCAGGUCUAGAGUACAUUUAGCCCAGUCCUGCAAGGUGUGGAUCUCAUACUUUAAUCUGACGCUCCCAGCAUUUCAAAGACAAUAAGUACUUUGCUAUUUAUGUCUGUUUCCAUACAUGCAUAUUUAAAGUGCAGAUAAAAAAAAACACCAUAUCACAAGGGGCCCUUUAUACACAGAUCACAUUAGUUUAAAAACAUUGAAUUGAAAGAUAUUGUGAAACACUUCACAUCUUGUUCUUUAGGUGCGUCUAUUGUUGGAGUGAACUGCCAUUUUGAUCCAGCUACUUCCCUCAAAACUCUGAAACUCAUGAAGGAGGGCUUGGCAGCUGCUAAACUAAAAGCGCACCUCAUGUCACAGCCACUUGCGUUUCAUACUCCGGACUGUGGGAAGCAGGGGUUCAUUGAUCUACCUGAAUUUCCUUUUGGUAAGACUUUUGUUGUUGUUGUUGCUGUUCUUAGCGUGAAGCUGCGAGAAAAAUAGCACUUAUACAUCAAAUAGCAGUAUACAGUAUACAUCAAAUAUCCAGUCCAUGUACUGGAAAUAGGCCCCAUUGCCUUCAAAAGCAUACAGUUGGUCUGGAACUGAAGCCAUGUUGCACUGUAUAAAAUGUAUUAUUAAUUUUUUUAAAAUGCACCAUCAUUCUAUUCAUAUUUCAAGAGUGAUUUAUAGUCAAUUAGAUUAAUUAUAGGGAUGCGGGUAGUGCUGUGGGUUCGGCGGUUCGAAUCCCCACGACGGGGUGAGCUCCCAUUUGUUCGGUCCCUGCUCCUGCCAACCUAGCAGUUCAAAAGCAUGACAAAGUGCAAGUAGAUAAGUAGGUACCGCUCUGGCGGGAAGGUAAACGGCGUUUCCGUGCGCUGCUCUGGUUUGCCAGAAGCGGCUUAGUCAUGCUGGCCACAUGACCCGGAAGCUGAAUGCCGGCUCCCUCGGCCAAUAAAUCGAGAUGAGCACCGCAACCCCAGAGUCUGUCACAACUGGACCUAAUGGUCAGGGGUCCCUUUACCUUUACUUAGAUUAAUUAUAAAAUACAACACUAAAACAGUAGGGUCAGAGUCUAAAUAUUUAAACCUAAAGAUUGCUGGCAGGUAAACGUCUAUAGCAAGAAUAGGAACCAUUUUUCAGGCCACAGACCACGUUACUCAGCAAAAAGCUAUUAGGGUUGGGGUCACAUUUCAUACAUGGGCAGAGCCCAAAAGUUACCAUGCAGAUCAGCUGAGGGGUGUGUGUGUUAUUUUCAUCCUGUUAUAGGGCUGGGCUUGAUGUCUGUGCUGAGACUGGCAUGAAAUUGGGCCAUCUGCUUCCCAGAUGAUCUGCAAAUAUCAUCUAAGGAGCAGGAGAAAGCUACUGAUUUUCAUCCCCAUCUCAGUAUGCUUAAAGCUUCCCACCCUGUAUGCUGAACUGGGGAUUAAAAAUAAAUAAAUAGAAUCUCCCUGUUCCUCAGAUGAUCUAUUCCAUUUGGUUGGGAAAACAUGUAGGUAAUUCUUGGAACUAGAAAAGAGUGCUGAAAAAUUUGUUUAGAUCACUUUGUGGAAUAGGGAGCCCUACCUAAGAAAAGUCAGUUUGGAAACCGAAAACCUGCUUCCCAAGAGUGGCUAUUGUGGCUCUGCCUAAUGGUACCUGGAAAGAGACUCCUUGCUGCUGUUUGCAAACUAAAUAGUUGUGAAUAAAUACACAAUUGUCUGUCCUGGUUAGCGCUGUCUAAAGAAAACAAACCUAUUUUGUAAAACAUUUGGAUGACAAUGGUAGUGUUUUGCACAGAUUUUUAUCACCGAAUGUUCAGAUAAUAAUGAAGUUAAAGUAAUUACAUAUCAUUACAGCUUUGGAGCCAAGAAUUCUAUCCAGAUGGGAUGUUCACAAAUAUGCAAGAGAGGCCUAUAAUUUGGGGGUUCGAUAUAUUGGAGGGUGCUGUGGGUUUGAACCAUAUCACAUCAGAGCAAUUGCAGAGGAGCUGGCCCCUGAAAGAGGAUUUUUACCACAAGCCUCUGAAAAACAUGGCAGCUGGGGGAGCGAAUUGAGCAUGCAUACCAAACCAUGGGUCAGAGCAAGGUAAAGUAUAUUUUUAACUCUGAUACUAAAAUAACCUACUAUAUAUAUUUCUUUUUCAGAAAUGCAUUGCUUCAUAUGGCAAAUUUCUUGGUGGUAGUAGUAGAACUCUAUGUCAUGGUAUAAAACCAUGCACACAAGCAGUUUUGAACAGUAAUUUUAUAGACCUAAACACCAAGAUGGAAGUAAUGGAUGCAGGAUAUUACUAAACAUGUGCAUUUAGAUCAAUACAGUGACUGAGUUAAAUACCCUCCAGUUUACUAGAGUACCUGUUAUUCAGCCAUUGUACAGUACAGUUUCAUUCAGAUUUCCUGAUGAUAUAAAUGUUGUUCCUUUCAUGUUAGGCUGGAAGCAUUUGCUAUGUAUAAUAAAGCUAGAGAGACUGAAUUCAAUCAGAAUACUAGCUUCUUAGUUAUGUAGUUUCCCCUCAUGCUCCAAACAUGUUGGGACAUUUAGAUAUCAAUUUCAUAAUAAACUUGUUCUGUUCAUACUACUUCUUAGGCGCCCAAUGCAGUGCCCAUCAAGGCCUUCUGUCCCUACCAAUUUUUAAUUUUUUUUAAAAAAAACCUGUGAGGGUUUUAUUUCAGGCCAGGGGUUUCUCUUUUGGGAGGUCUGUGUUUUCUUUGUUUUGAGCUGUAUGUAGAUAUGUUGCUGGGCCCCUGGGGAGAUUUUGUUUCAGGGAGUGGAGGCAGUUCUGAACAGCACCACUUUCAUUCUGUGAAAUGGGUAUUUUGUGGUGCUCAUAACAGUUUCUUAGAUUUCCAAAUAUUCUCCCUCCCUGACACAAAAUGUUGGGCAUUCUUUUGUUAUUGUGUGGUAUUGCCUUCCUUUUUGUUGCAGCUAAGCCAGAGGGCCACUAUAAAGUUCAGCAUAUAUCUGUAUCAUGGUUGUGAAGGUUGUCUGAGGUCCUGAAACCUCAUUUAAAUGUCUUACAUUGCAAUCAUUAUAUAGGUUGCCUUUGAAGUUCAACAAUGUGCUGCCUUUGAACAUUCAACAAUGUUUAAAGCUAUAGUCGAGAUUUCUGGAAACCUACUAUUCAUAUUCCUGGGGCUACAAAGUUCAUUUUAGCCCCCUCCCCCUUUUCACUAUAUUAUAUAUGUCAAUGUUAUUUUUGACCUGGCCUUAGGAGGAAAAGAAACUAGGAAAUAUGCAUAUAACCCUUUCAAAAGCACCUGUAUUCCAGAAAUGAUAUGUUAGGGUUUUAUGCCUCAAUAUCCUUGGAGAGGUGGAGUGGGGAGAAUUAGCAACAAUACAGCACUACCAAUGUGCCCCCUUAAGUGUUUGAGGCCCUCGGUGCUAGAUCUCAGUGUCCUGGCUGAAUGAUUACACUAUUAAUCCCUCUGGCAAGUCAGGGUUGCCACAUAUCCUCUUUUUCCAGGACAGGUCCUCUUUUUCAUGGGUAUGUAAAAUCAGAGGCGUCAUAGUGAGCCAUAGUUAAAAGUAGAACACCUUAAAUUUAGUUAUUAAAACAAUCCUUUGCACUGUUAGGUUUACAACCAAAAUUAUUCUAUGACAAUCUGUUGAUUUACAUGCUAAAACAUUUUGUAAAAUAUCUCGUACUUUAUCCCUCUUUGAUUAAAAAUAUAUUGAAUAGGAUUUGUCCCUUUUUUAACCUAGGGCUAGGAAGGAAUACUGGGAGAAUCUCUUGCCUGCUUCAGGAAGACCAUAUUGCCCCUCACUGUCAAAGCCAGAUGCCUGGGGGGUGACCAAAGGGGAUGCUGAGUUGAUACAGCAGAAAGAAGCAACAUCUGAACAACAGCAGAAAGAACUCUUCAAAAGACAGAAAUUCAAAUCCAGCACUGUAGCAUAGAUUAUUAGCAAUUUUGUCUAUGCAAAAACAAGCAUGUCAUUGUAUAAUUGACAACUCAGUAGAAAGAUCAGACAGAAUUUAUUAAUUGCAAGUUGGAAGUAUAAUAAAUCUCAAAACACUUUUUAAAAAUUAAAAUGCGCCCAUGCUAUGUGCUGCACUUCUAUUGAAUACUCCAACUUAUUUGCAGUACACACAAUUCAGAGCACGUUCAUCCUCUAAUCCUAUUGAAAUAAUUGGGAUUUAAUGCUUACAUGUAAAAUAGUCCAAUCCUAAGCAACUUUUCUCAUAAUUAAGUCACACUGCAUUUAACAGAAUUUCCUUCCUAGUGAAUGUGCUUAGGAUUUCACCAAAAAACUUGGGUUAAUUGGAACUUUAUAGGGAUUGUGCCCAUUAUCUUAGAUGGAGAAGCUUUAUCUUUUAUUUCCCCCCCUUAUAAUCAUAGCACUCUUUAUGAAAGCUAAAAGAGAUGAAUACUUAUUUUGGAAAGAUAUAUUUUUCUCAGGAUAAGAAUAGCUUAAAUCAUUGCAAUUAUAUAAUUUUUAAAAAUAAAAUAUUUCUGAUAAACAGCAGACUAUUUUCAAAAUAUUUGUUGGUUUUAUUCUCCCAGGCCUGAGAUGCCAUUGCGAUCUCUAAAUGCAUAUUGCAGGAGAUCAAAUUAAGCUAAAAAUUAUUCUGCAUUAAAAAAAGAAAAGUUUAUUAAAAAGGGUUAUUUACAGUCCCAAUUAGAAACAGAAAAAUGUAAAGAAGAUACAAGAAUAUAAAACUCUUUUCUGCAUGUGAAAUCCAAACAGGUAACUUCUGGAAAUGUAUGAAAUCCACUUGGCUUUUCCAUUACAAAUUAGCAAGAAGUCUUAUAUAGAUCACGAAUGAAGUUUCCUCUUGAGCUGCUUAGCUUCCCAGACUGUGGGUGGUAUCCAAAAGUGAUGGUACUGAAAUAAUCCACCAGUGGAAUGGGGAGGAGGCCAUUUCAAUGACCCCUAAAUUCCAUGCCCUCUCUAAAUCUGCCUCAAGGGUUGGGGGGGUCCCCUCAGGGCAGAUUUUUGCCCCCCCCCCCAGUAUGUUUUUUGAGAGGUGCUAUGCAGGAAGGGGAAAUGGACAAAAAAAAAGCCCUCCCUGUUUUGCUGACCAAUUCCUUCUGUCAAUAGAUAGUUGCCACUGGAUACCACUCUAUAACUAUGCAGAUAUUUCUUCACCAUGUAGCAUCUGUGGAAGCUGAUCACAUUUAGCUUCACCACUCAGCAUGAUUGAUCUAUUCCAAUAUACUUCACUGGUGCACCUGAUCAAGAAGUUGAAAUAAUCUUUCUUACAUUUAAUCUCGUAUGAGGGCUUUGGUACCCGCUUUUAAAAAGGGAGAUCUCCAUUGCUCACUGAAACUAAGGUCACAUGUUAAAACCUUAAUGACUGAAAAUCUUCUGGCAUGUGGCUCAGGGCCGGCCUGAGACAUUUUGGCACCUGAGGCAAACCACAAAAUAGCACCAGGGAAGAAGGGCUGAGUGAAGAUAUACAUCAGGAACAAGGGGGAACUAAAGAUCUACAUUGGAAUCUGCUGCCCUCUGUGGUUCCUGCCACUUAAGGUGCUUGCCUCACCUUGCCUGAUAUAGCUAAAUAAAUGACUAAUAUCUGCUAUAUACUGAGGGAAUUGGCCUAUAUGUGACAUCAUUCAGUUCUUUUAUAUCUAAGAGCAAUGUUCUGUAUUAAUACCAAUAAAGAUUUACAAAUUACCCUAAUGUCUUGCUGUUUUAAGAGUGAAAUUAUAUUUAAAACGUGCAUUGUUAAGAAAAAUGAAUAAAGGUACCUAACACAAUGUUUUAACAUGCUUCGUUUGGCACAGAAUAUUCUUCCUGAAUAUGUUUGCCUUGCCACCUUUCUUCUCCACGACACAUUAUAGAACUCUUUUGUAAUUGUGCAUACACACACACACAAAAGGCAGCAUCAAUCUUGUAACAAUAAAGCAGGAAUGGGAAGUUCUGGCCCUCCAAAUGUAGCUGUAACAAUAUAUAUACAGUUAAACUUCAGUUGUCAAAUGUAAUCUGUUCCGGAAGCCUAUUCGGCUUCCGAAAUGUUCAACAACCAAGGCUUCUGAUUCGUUGCAGGAGCUUCCUGCACUCUGGAGAGCCAGUGUGGUGUAGUGGUUAAGAGUGGUAGUCUCGUAGUCCGGUGAACCGGGUUUGCGUCUCUGCUCCUCCACAUGCAGCUGCUGGGUGACCUUGGGCUAGUCACACUUCUCUGAAGUCUCUCAGCUCCACUCACUUCACAGAGCAUUUGUUGUGGGGGAGGAAGGGAAAGGAGAAUGUUAGCUGCUUUGAGACUCCUUCGGGUAGUGAUAAAGCGGAAUAUCAAAUCCAAACUCUUCAAAGCAGAAGCUGUGUCAGAUGUUCAGUUUCUGAAAAAUGUUCAAAAACUGGAGCAUUUACUUAUGGGUUUUCGGCGUUCAGGAGCUGAAACAUUCCAAAACGGAGGCGAUUGGGAGCCGAGGUUUGACUGUAUAUAUAUCAUUCCUGUUCUUUGU